UUUUUUUUUCGUUUUUUUAACUCAUCUAGAAGCUGUAUUGUCCUUGCAUGAUAUCUUUGCUUAGCACUUGAAACUUGACAGCUAAUUUGUUUUCUCUGGCACAUGACACACUUGCCAGGUUUCCGUCAAUUGCAAAAACAAAUAAACUGAGCAAAUCUGAAAUGACUCCAGCUAAAGGUUCUUUGGUAUCUGGAAAAGUAUAUCCCAAUACCGAUACUCCUGCACAGCCUCAAUCUGAAAUUGACGUGCAACUCUCGGCAAAAUUGUAUUCUUCUUUGCGAAUGCUUCGAACUAAUCUUGUUAAAGAGGCUGCAGAUGGUGUUAUGGCAUAUCAUAUAUUUGGAAAUGCCACAUUGCAGCAAAUAAGCCGAAGAGUUCCCAGAUCAAAAGAAGAAUUACUUGAUAUCAACGGCAUUGGAAAGGCUAAGGUAAGCAAGUAUGGAGACCGUAUUCUGGAAACCAUAGAAUCUACCAUCAAGGAAUUCUAUGGGACCGAGAAAAAUGGAAGCAACAGUAAUGACAGUAACGAUUCUGUAAAGAGACGAAGAGAUGAAUAUAAAGAUGCAGAUGAAUAUUUUGAGGACGACAACGCCACCAAAAGCUUUGAUAGAUCAAAGAAGAGGGCAACAAAAACUCAGAACAAAGUUCCCAAGAUUCAUAAUUCUUCGAAGCCAGUACAUACGGAUCAAUUUGUUGACAGUGAACUGGAUUUUGAUGACAGUUACUAUGAAGUUCGUGACUUGGAGGCUAAGGAUAACCAGGGUCAUCGUGAUGAUGGAAGAGUGUUACCUUCAUGGUCAUAACACAAAUUCUGGUUGGUACCUGUAUGCUUUCAGAUGAAAACUUUAUCAUUGCUCACGAUAUUCAAAAUUGUAUAUAGCUAAAGGUAGCGACCGUCUUGGACAAGACGAAGAGGGUGUUGACUUAUCCAAAUGGUACUUCAAAUUUGGAACAGGCGACGAGAAAUCAAAAUGGAAACCUUUCGAACUAUUUUGCUAGGUCAGUCAUUCAAGGAGUCGAGACUCGAGCCCUUUAAAGACCGUAAAAGUUCAAUAGGGCCUCAACAAAUGUCCCCAAGAUUUUGUAAUCACUUACUCAGGUGAUUGAGGCUAAAGUGAUAUUUUAUAUUUGACUUAUAAAUUCUUAUGUUUAUCUACUUUUGUUACAUUGAUCUCAAGGAUGUAAAUAUGAUUUACAGAGAAUCAAUCCACCAUGUCUUGUAUUUUAUUGGAACAGGUUUGAUAUUAUUAUUGUAGUUCUGGUUAUAAUAUGCUUCAAUGUAUGAGCUCUUUGUUCU